AUGGCUUCUAGAGUAAAACGAACUCUUGCCAAACUUCUAUUUCCAUUCAGUGUGCUUGGCACUGCUAUUGGAGGAAUUACUAUUCUCAAGGACUACAUGGGUGGAGUACAUUAUCAGGGUGAAGAGCGGAUUGCAGGAAAGACAGCCAUAAUUACAGGAGCCAACAGUGGAAUUGGAAAAGCUAUAGCCACUGGAUUAGCUGAUAGAGGUGCCAGAGUCAUUAUGGCUUGUCGAGAUUUUGACCGUUGUGAAGAAGCAAAGAAGGAGAUCAUUGAGGAAACUGCUAACCGUAAUGUCUGUUGCCAAAGACUAGACCUUGCAUCCAUUGCUUCUAUCACAGCUUUUGCAGAAAUGAUAAAUAAAUAUGAACCUCAUGUUGAUAUUCUUAUAAACAAUGCUGGAGUCAUGAUGUGUCCAAAAGCCUUGACUCAAGAUGGAUUCGAACAGCAGUUUGGAGUUAAUUAUUUAGGUCACUUCCUGUUGACAGUUCUUUUAAUGGAUAAAAUGAAGAAGUCGGCACCCAGCCGUAUUUUAAAUAUCUGCAGCUAUGCAUUCCGAGAUGGUGUUAUGAACUGGACUGAUCUGAACAGUGCCAAGACUUAUGACAAUAAAGCAGCGUUUUGCCAAAGCCAAUUAGCCAAAGUUCUUUUUACUGUUGAACUUGAGAAACAACUCAAAGGUACUGGUGUAACAGCAAAUGCCGUCUACCCAGGCUUGGUUCGCACAAAUAUUACUUCACAUUUGAGCAUCAACAAGUCAUACAUCUCCAGUUUCUUCCUUGGCCCUCUCCAGUGGAUAAUGAUGAAGAACCCAGUCCAGGGAGCCCAGACACCUAUUUAUUGCAGUGUCAACAAAGAUAUAGAAGAAGUUUCAGGAAAAUUCUUCAGGAAUUGUCAGGAGAGUCCAUUACCAUCAAAUGUAAUUAACCCAGAGGAUGCCAAGAGGUUGUGGCUGGUCAGUGAAAAAUGGAUGAGACUUACAUGA